UAAUAUGUUUUAACUCAGCCCGUAUUAACGACGUAUCACUUUAAUCGAAAUGUGAUUGCGGUUUUUCGUUUUUUUCUAUGUACGUUAUUAUCGUUUUUCAAGUUCGUAAAUUUUGAUAAACUUUUUUUUUUAAUUAUCAUUUUUACGUAAUACUGUUUAUGUUUUUUUCGGUUUGCUUUUGUUGAUAAUGCAUUCGUUGUAAAAUAUUCGUGCUUACGUGUUGUGUUCUGAAGAUAACAAUUUACAUAUUUUGGUGCCACAAUGAUUCCUUACAAUGGAUAUAGAAAUGCCUUCCGAAAGAGGUAUGGAUUCAUUUUUCAUACUAUAUUAUCGUGAAAUUUGGCGGAAAUGUGUUUAAAAUUCAGUAUCUGUGAUGGCCGGUCGUGUGUGGUAGAAACAUACCUCCGGAAUAGUCAACCCCUUUAACAAAAUUUGAAUAGAAGACAAGGUUUACAAUCUGAUUUAAUUUUUCUACUCAUGGCGUGUAUAAAACAUUAUACUUCAUGAAUCAACAAAGUUGUGCCAGUUAUUUGUCUUUGCAAGGCUUAGAAGUAGCCAAAGUGCUAGUUAAAAGAAGGUCCUCCAGUGACCGCGUCAUUUACCACCCAAUAAAUACCAAUGACGAUGGCAGAAGCUCAAGUAGACUCAUCAACGGACAGUACAUUAUUACAGUGCGGUCCAUACAAGAUACGUAAUAGCCAAUUUCUAAUUAUAAACAAUCGUAGUCGUGGCUUGAAGCAAAGGAAACGCAAACGUCUGAAUCAAGUUGUUGACAAGCUUAAUACACAAGUGACCAGUGCUGAGUUGGCCCUAUUCAACAACAAUUUCAAACAUUAUAACAACAACAAUCACAAAUUUAUCAGCAACGAAUAUGACAAUAGGGAAAAUGAGACCCAUCUGGGAGUAAAGGCGUCCAAACACAUGUUAAGUGGAUCUCCGCAGGAAACGGAAAAUACGGAGGAGUCGAGAAAAGAAAUGGCGCCGUUGGUUGGCCAAGUAUUUCGUUUUGAUAGCAGUGAUCAGGAGAGAUUGGCCAGGUAUGGUACACCAUCAGUUGAGGAAGAAAUCGAAGAUGUGUUUAGUCAGUCAUCUUCAUCCAACAAGUCACCUCAUAGCUCGAAUGCUGAUUCACCAAAGAUUAAUCUGAGCCCUUUACAGAUACGCGAGCAUGAAGAUAUCUGUAAUUCCAAGAUACGAGUUAAAAAGAUGAGUGAAAUUUCUAGUGGUGACAAAGAUGAUGCUAAGAAGGUAUUGACAGCGGCAGGUUGCACCUGUAUUCAGUGUAAUUCCAAGUACAGUGUACCUCAUCAUUCGCAUUUUUACCCUGUAUCACCUAUCUCACCUUUAACUCCAAUUUCUCCAAUUGCUGCUCCUGUGUACAGCUUUGAGCAUUAUUUGCAUACAAAAUAUCUGCCAGAGUUCUUCCGCAGGCGUAGCCAUUCAGAUUCUGAUCUGCCUCUGUGGCUAGAAGCAGCCAAAACUGAGAGGAUUGAACCAUCGGAAAAACGUCACCACAGUGGACGUAGACCAAUAUCAGAGCCACAAACAUACAUGUUGCAGAAACAACAACGCAUCAAAACAGAGCCAGCUUCACCACAAGAAUCUCCCCUUGAUUUGUCAACCAAAGGGGCCAGAGAUCGAGCACACAGCAUACCUAGUGCAGAGCUGCUACCUAAUCCAUUUGAAACGUUGCUGAAUCUACCUCAACUGAAUAUCAUGCCGUCACAGUUCCUACCUCCAAAGGGGACAUUUUCUGUUCCUGUAGUGAAAGGCGAUGUUGCUUCACCCACUACCAAAGAAUCAGUGGCUGUCAGGUACAAUCUGGAGGUGUCCCCAGUUGUGGAGGAAAUGCCUCCAGGCUCUGAUGUUGCUUAUGUUUGUCCAGUCUGUGGCCAAAUGUUCAGCCUACAUGAUCGCUUAGCUAAGCACAUGGCAUCGCGUCACAAGAGCCGCACUCAGUCCAGUGACUCAUCCACUAAAGCAUACCUAUGUGAGGUCUGCAACAGGUCAUUUGCCAGGAGUGAUAUGCUGACCCGGCAUAUGCGUCUACACACUGGAGUCAAACCAUACACAUGUAAAGUAUGUGGUCAAGUUUUCUCUAGAUCUGAUCACCUAUCCACCCACCAGCGAACACAUACUGGAGAGAAACCCUACAAAUGUCCGCAGUGCCCAUAUGCUGCUUGCCGCCGAGAUAUGAUCACUAGGCAUAUGCGAACUCAUACACGUUAUGAUGCCAAUACCAUUACUUCCGAGCAUUCGGAGGAAUCUGCAGUUCCUGACUCUCCACAUUCAUCUUCAUCUCGAGUUCAGUCUCCAUCUACUUCAUCACCAAUGGAAAUCACCACCUCGGAGCAGGAUAAAACUGUUGACUCCUAAGCCCAAAUCCCCCAACUUGUAAAACGUUGGCUUUAGUUUUUAAUGACUUCUAUGUUCCUUUUUUAUUUUAUUAUCAUUAUUAUUAUGUUUGAUUAUCAUUAUUUUCUUUGAUGUUUUUUUUUGUUUUGUCUUAUUUUAUUCCUCUAUCUUUUUUUUCAUUUUCACUUUUUUAUGUAACGAUGAAAUCGAAUUCUUUGAAUAUAUUUUUUCUACCCUACGAUAGUAUUUUUUAAAAAUUUUAUCAGUGGUGGUUAUUUACUAUUGCUAUACUUACAUACGUAUUUUAUGUAUACCUUUUGUGUGUGUGUGUUUUUCUUUUUCUAUCGAAAACUUGACUAUAUGUACGCUUUUUUGGUGUUUCAAUGCAUUAGAUUAUAAAUCAAUGUCUAUAUUAUGUACCUACUUACUUGCAUGCAACAAAUGCAUGUUUUACUUACCUACUUAUUAUUGUAGAUCUUAAGAAGGUCCAUCAUCAUCAUCAUCAUGAUAACCCUGUAAUGAUGGAAAAUUGUAUGUACCUACUAUACAGAAAAACAUCACUAAUGUGAGACAUAUUAGGUAAUGAAUGUUUGUAUUGUAAUUCUAGAACCAAUAUGAAACCUCAAGACUAAUUUUUAUGCUAGUCUUUUGCAUUUUUUCUCAUUAAAAUCAUUUUUACCUAAUUGAGAUUCAAUCUUGCAAAUCUACUACUACAUGAAGGUGAUUUCUGAUUCCCAUCAUCAUCAUCAUCAUCAUCAUCAUCAUCAUCCUCAUACCUAGUCUAGAAGUAAUGGUAUCUUUUUGACCAAUUGAUGUGUAAAAUUUUUACAAUAUUGUAGGGGAAAUAGUUGACAAAAAAGUUGAAAUUAAGGAAUUCUAGAAUCAUGUUUUCUUAUUGGAAUUGGAGCUUUUCUUGAAUUUGAAACUUUGAAAGUAUAGAAUUUAUUAGCUAAUGUCAAGAUAUUUCACUCAAGAGUUACUUAUUUGUUCAUUUUUUUUCAAUUCUCUCAAAAGUUGAUUUUUCUACACAAUCUCAAUUCAUUUGUACUUUGAAAAAUUCAAAAGUUGUACGUAGCUUGUAGCUCUUUUUUGUAAUAUAAAUUUGUCAAUACUAAAUUGAUAAAAUUUAAAAACUGUUAAAUUAGCCUAUCUUUUUAUAAUAACUUUGUACCAAAAUGAACAUUAAACAAAAUUUCAUUUUAUUUGACUGAAUUCAUUUUGGAUCAUGACAAAUUGAUUUUUGUAAUGUAAAUGUGCUGAUGUAAAUCAUCUGCAAUUUUUAGGCUGAAAGCUGAAAAAUCAACAAAAUUGAUUUAAUGCAACUAAAUUCAUACCUACUUUGACUAAUUGCAAAAAUUUGUUCCCCUUUAAACCACAAUCUGAAAAUUUGUUUUCAAACUAUACAAACAGUUCAAUUUAAUUAUAUUUGAAAUGAAAUUGAAAUUUCCCAAAUAUUCAAUCAAAUAAUUCAAAUUACGCGCUGCUCAUUGCAAUAAUUUCUUACAUUCAACUUUUGCAUUGAAAAGAACAGUCUGGGAAUGGAAAACUAAUUCUACAUCCAGAUUUUUUUUGAAAUGUUGAUAAAUGGAUGUUGAAUAAAGGUACAUACCUAUUUGAGCCAUGUUUGGCUUAAUGUUUGCCUUCAUUCAAUUCCUACUCUUAAAAUAAAUCCAAAACUUGGGAGGAAUCUUUUGAAGUCUUGGGAAGUAGAAUUUUCAUUUUUCUUGUACCUAAUUUACGUUAUUUAGGUAGCAAUAAUUUUUCUAGCAGAGAACUUACUGAGAAUAUUGUUAUUGGUAAACUUUUUUAGUAAUUCUUGCAGCUAUUAUUGGAACCAUUUCCCUUACAUCAUUAUAAAAAAAAUGUAUUAUUCAGUUUGUCAAAAUAAACCUUCAUUCUUCGACUAACUUGACCAGACAACACAUAUCAAGCACCAUUUCUUACUAAAAUAAAAUUCAUUAAUUUAACUGAUUCGAUGGAUUUGUCAAAUUAUUAUAUGUACUUUAAAUUUAUAAUUUUCAUUUUACUGAUCAACAUUUUUGUUGAAUAAAGUAUACGGACCUAUAUUGUAAGCCCAAUUUAAACAGUUAAUUGGUCGAUUCUACCUAUGUAAACUAUUUUGCUCGAUUAUAAUUUGUGUCUGUGAUGAGAAGGGGAUUUUCUAUUUUAUACUUGUGUAAAACGAGUGAUCUAUCAUUUUUUCACUGUGGAUUUACAAAUUUUCCAUAUUUAUACCAUUUUGGAAUUUUUUUCUCAUCGUUUUUACUUUCAAUUGAUUUUUUAAUGUUUUCUAUUUGCAAAGAUUUGCGCUGUUUAUUUUGCAAUAAAAGCUACCAAAUUAUUUAUCUUAAAAACUGAACUUGAAAUCCCUAACAGUUUGGUUUGUCGAGUUGAGGGCAGUGACCUGCUGAAAUGAUUUUAAAAUUGUGAAUUGGGAUGGGAAUUAAUUAUUUAUUUUUCCAGGGUGUUCAUGAUUGUGAGAUUAUUACACCCACGUCCCACAAAGAGAGGGGUUUAAUCUGUAGAACUUCAAAAAGUGAAAGCAAUAAUAAUAUUUUCACUGUUGAUUUUGUUGAAUAAAAAGUUUGAUUUCUUCAGUAGUACUUACUCUCCCCUUCACCAUUUCGGCAGGUUUCUAAUCUAGAUAUGUAUGAGAUGAUCUUUUUUUUUCCAAAUAAUCGACUACCUAUCUGUAAUUUUUUAUUAAAAAUGAAAAACAUGAAAUUGAUAUUUUUGUACGUAGUUAUUAUUGAAUUGAAAAACACUUUUUUUCAAAGCAAAAUACACAUAUUUUUAUUUUUUUAACCCAGCAUACAUUUUUAGGUCCGUUCUGGUCGAAAAAAUUUUCAGUAGAUUCCUUUUUACCUACCUACCUACCUAUAAUACUACACGUCACUGAAACCAUAAAUAUUGUAGAAAUGUAAAUAUGUACUUCAUGUUAUUGUACCUUUGCUGCUUGUAAAUUUGUAUAUUUUGUACAAAAGAUGUUAAUUUAUUGAACUUUUUUGUUUUAUUAUUGUUUUAUUAAAACGCGUUCAAUUCUAUGAAAACCAAAAACCUAAAAUGCAUUUAUAGAAAAUAUCUAUAAAGAAAAAAUAUCUCCGCACAAUAAGUAUAGUUCACGAUAACUUUCGUAAUUCUGUCUUUCAAAUGUACAAUUUUUAAACUUGUUUGAAAACGAACAAUCACGAAAACGAUCAAGAUUCGUUGGUUAAAAAAAAAUUCCUAAUAUUUUUAUUUUGUGCAUAUUUUUGUGGAGUUUUCACGUUGAAGUUUUUAUUUUCUUUUUGUUUUUUUAUUUUAUUUUCAAGUUCGUUGUGCAACGACGAUAAAUAUGAUUUGAAAAUCUGUGUCUGUUAUUUUUAUGUUUGUACCUACUUUAUGUGAUCUUUUGUGUUUAUAAUUUGCUCAACUGAUGUCUCUAUACCUAUUUGUAUGUUUGUAAAUGUUUUGAGCUUUAAAUGUUUUUAAAACAUGUAUUUUUGUUUUUCCAAUGAAAAUACAUAUUUUAAAUAUA